AUGCCUUGUCCUCGGCUGCCUUGGCUCCACCGCCCCCAGACCCCGCAGGGAUCCGACCCCAUCUCUCCAGGCUCUGUGAGCGGAGGCCAGGACGAGGACGAGGAGGAAGGGGACAGCGGCCCCGGCUCCGGCCCCAUCCUGCCCCCAGCGUCACCCGUGGAGUGCCUCAUCUGUGUGUCGCCCUUCGACGGCGUGUUCAAGCUGCCCAAGCGCCUGGACUGCGGCCACGUCUUUUGCCUCGAGUGCCUGGCUCGCCUGUCGCUGGCCACGGCGGGCGGGGGCGACGCGGUGGCCUGCCCCGUGUGCCGCGCUCCCACCCGGCUGGCCCCACGCCGCGGGCUGCCCGCCCUGCCCACGCAGCCGGGCCUGUUGCCCCGCGACGCGCGCGCACCGCUGCCGCGCCAGGGCUCGGUGCGCUUCGACCGCCGCCGCGGCCUGCUCUACCUGCGGCCCCCGCCGCCGCCGCCGGGGUCGCGCAAGGCCCGCGCCGCGCGUGUGCCGCCGCCGCCGCCGCUGCGCCUCGGCCGCCCGCUGUCGCGCCGCCUGUCGCUGAGCAGCCCGGCCUGGGCCCUCAACGCGGCCGUGGCGCUGGCCGUGCUGGUGGCUGCCGGCCUGGUGGUCUCCGGCGUCUACAUCUUCUUCCUCAUCCCGCACGCUGCCUCCUCGGGCCCCACGCGGCCCCAGCUUGUGGAGCUCGCCCCGGCGCCUGCCUUCUGGUUCCCACCGCGGGCCACGCCGGAGGCGCCCUGGACCCCCGGCUGGACGUCCGGCUCCACAGGCGCAGCCCUGGACUCCACCCUGGGGGAUGUGGAGGCCGCCCAGGAGGCUGGGGAGGGCCUGGAGGACCCCGCAGAUACAGAGGGAACGAUGGACAGGUCAUCUGACCUCGUGGGGGCGGCGCAGUAA